CUCCAUAUGAGGGAGUGUGAUUCAUCUUCGCAAAGAGUCUAAUCCAACAGUAUUACCUCGAAUAUCCGUUCCAUCGCCUUCUUCAACACCUGUCCUUUGCGCGUUAUUUCAUAUACCUUGUCUCAGAUUCGGUAUACCGGACUAGUGGCCUCUGACGGAUUGGCAGCCAACUCCUCGAUCGUCUAGAUUGGCAUAGGAUAUCUUGAGCCAGACGCCCAGCAACCCAUCGCAUCUUUAGAUUCAAAGGCUCUGAACUGGAUCAACAGACUCAGCACGUGGAAGGCAGCAGAGUCCGGAGAGGCCCAUUGACUUACGCGGGCACACUCAAUUUUUCGAACCCUGCUUGGUUGUUGAGGUCCUGGGCACUUGUAUCUAUUCACUUUCGGGAAGACAGCUGGACUGCUUCAUGUAUUAUGACAAACCAAAGGUUCUGAUGAAAGCGACUGGACCAUCCGAUUGAGUCCCCCUGUACGUAUGUCUUGCUGGCACAGGAAUAGAGCGGGAGUUGAGGACAGUCAUUUGGGGCCUGUAUCGCUGUCCUCUUCCUUAUAUUUUGGCUAAUACAGCAUGGAUUUGCAGAACUCAUCUUGUGCAUAACUUUCAGACAGAAAAAAUCGACUUCUUGUUGCGCCUCCACUUCUUUCAAUAUGGCUGCCGAGGAGGAUAACUUUGACAUUGAUAUUUAUGGAGACGGAGAAGGUGAAAUUGGGAAUGGCGAACACAUGGAAUAUAAAGAGGAAAAUGAAGAGAACCUGUUUGCCAUGGAUGCAGAAAAUGAGCAGCAUAUGCAAGCAGAUGAAGACGUAAAACCUAAAAGCGACCCUGAGAACGAGCAGGUUCCUGCGCAAACAUCCCAAGCCCACAGUGGACCAGAAGAAGCCACGCAGAAGCCCAAUGAUACAACGGAUAAGCCCACACCAGUGCCACAGCAAGGUGUAAAACGGAAGGAAACGUCAGACGACAGACCCGUCGACCACGGCGCAACAAAUGCCCUUAUGAUUUCGGAUUUGAAUUGGUGGACCACGGAAGAUGACAUUCGUGGCUGGGCUAAUGAAGCAGGCGCAGAGGACGAGCUGAGAGACAUUACCUUUAGCGAGCAUAAGGUAAAUGGCAAGAGCAAAGGGCAAGUGUAUGUCGAAUUUUCUUCACCUCAAGCGGCAACCGCGGCAAAGCACACAAUAGAAGCCCAGGGCGGCGCUCAACCAGCCGCCCGCAAACACUCUGUCGUUUUCACCAAUGCCACCCAUAACCCCUUCAAAUCACUGCCCAAGGAUGCGCCAACUCGGACGAGGGACGAUAGACCCGUUCGCGGCGGUGGUUUCAGUUCUGGAGCACGUUCAGAUAAUAACUACGGAGGGAAUCAAGGAUUCCGUGGGGGUCGAGGCGGGAAUUACAAUCGUGGCGGCUAUGGUGGACAUGGCCAGUACAAUCGCAAUUUCUCUGGACCCAUGGGAGGUUAUAACAACAAUAACAUGGGCUUUCAAGGGAACAUGGGCAUGAAUAACAAUUACGGUGGUUUCAACCGAGGUGGCAUGAUGGGCGGACCCAUGAGAGGCAACAUGGGCGGCAUGCGAGGAGGUCGGGGAGGCAUGAACCCGAUGAUGGCAAUGGGUGGUGCCAUGGGAAUGGGCAACAUGGGCAUGAAUCCCAUGAUGGCUGGAAUGGGGAUGUCAGGAUUCCAAGGCAAUCAAUUCAACCCCGGCAUGUUCAAUGCAGGCCAAGCCCAAGGCUUUGGUGGUGGUGCUGGUGUCGAUUGGAAUCAACACGGGGCCAAGCGACAACGACAAGAAUAGCCCACUGACUGGACAGAAGGAGGAAUUCAAGAGAGAGCUCGACCACGACAAGGUCUUCGCUGGAACAGGACGUCGCCAUUGACGGGUGGCAACCUCAUUCUGUUAUGCAAUGUAGCAUACUCCGGGAGUUCAGCCCAUGAGAUAAAUUCUACAAAGCAAUACCUCAGGCCGCGAACAAUGCCACGAGACGCAUAUUGGGGGCCGACGAAGACAGGGCGUUAAGCAGCGCUCGAGCUGGUCCUAGCCUUGUCAUGUCAUGGCGAGCGAGGAGAGACUGGGAGCGACGAUGGUUAGAUCCAAUGCCAUGGGCUUCUGAUCAGUGAUCGUGGAAGAUGUAUGCCCAAGAGGAUGCAAGGGAAUGAUACCUGAGCGAUGAGGGUUUACUAAAGAUUAUCAAAAAGCCUGUUGGGGUUGUUGGUGCUUAUGGCACACACUGUGAUGAUAGCCCAUAAUGGGUGGUUUGCUGCUUAUUAUUUGUUACCUCCAGUACUACUAAUAGUACUUGACGUACCUGGCCAGACCUGCUCCAUAUACAGACUACCUUUUAGACUACUUGUAACAACUCCGUAACAUCAUUGAGCUCCAUUGACCGGAAACUAUUGCCAUUUGAUGUU